GAGGCCCCUCCCACCCCACCACUUAUUUAUAGCUUUACACCUUGUAAAAGGGAAGCCAUUAGAGCAAAGCAAAGGGAAGCCAUUAGAGAAAAGAAACUACCCACACCCUCUUUCUCUCUACCCUUUUCCAGGGCAAACGCUCUACUACUCCCCAUGCCCCCCAUUCUAACGGCUAUUUUUUCUGAAACGAACGGCUAAUCUCUCGCUAGAAAACAAAGAAGAGGAAGAGAAAAAGCUGCCAGCGGAAGCAGGGAGUGAGGGCAAGAGAAGAUGGACUUCAACUCCUUUCUGACGUCCCUGGGGACGUCCUUCCUCAUCUUCGUGGUGUUGAUGCUUCUGUUCACGUGGCUCGCCAGGAAGCCCGGCAACGAGGUGGUGUACUACCCCAAUCGAAUCCUCAGAGGGCUGGAACGAUCGGAGGGGGGGAGGAGGACGAGAAACCCAGUCGCUUGGAUCAAAGAAGCCUUCAGCGCCACUGAGGCCGAUGUCGUCGAGGCGGCCGGCGUCGAUGCCGCUGUCUAUUUGGUUUUCCUCAGUUCCGUUCUUGGGAUUUUGGUGUUCUCUGGCAUCGUGCUGCUUCCAGUUCUUCUUCCAGUUGCCGGAACUGAUCAUAAUGUGAAGGCGCAUGCUGAGAACAGCAAUGGGACCUUCAACAACCUUGACAAGCUAUCAAUGGGAAAUGUCCAAGAAAAAAGUUCAAGGUUGUGGGCGUUUUUGCUAGGAACAUAUUGUGUUUCUUUUGUCACCUUUUAUGUGCUAUGGAAAGCCUACAAGCAUGUCUCCAAUCUGAGAGCUGCAGCAAAAUCGAGUCCAAAAGUGAAACCUGAAGAGUUUACCGUACUUGUGAGAGACGUUCCUAGAGCUCCACCAGAUCAGACCAUAAAAGAUCAAGUUGACUCAUAUUUCAGAGCACUCCAUCCAGAAACCUUCUACAGGUCAAUGGUGGUGACAGACAACAAAGAGGUCAACAAAAUUUGGGAAGAGAUGGAAAGCUACAAAAAGAAACUUGCUCGGGCUGAAGUUGUGUUCGCAGAAUCUAAAUCUACAAGCAAACCAAAUGGCACAAGACCGACCAAUAGAACCGGCUUUCUUGGUUUAGGUGCAAAAGUUGAUACUAUCGAUUAUUGCAAUGAGAAAAUUAAGGAACUGCUGCCUAAAUUAGAAGCAGAACAGAAAAUCACUCUCAGAGAGAAACAGCAAGCAGCAGCCCUGGUUUUCUUCAAUAAAAGGCCAGCUGCAGUUUUGGCCUCCCAGACCAUCCAUGCUCAGAUGCUCGAUACGUGGACCGUGAUGGAAGCUCCAGAACCAAGACAGUUACUAUGGACAAAUUUGCCAAAGAAGUUAUAUGAGAGGGAGGUACGACAGUCUAUUGUCUAUGGUGUUGUCUUUCUGACUGUGGUGUUCUACAUGAUCCCAAUUUCAUUCAUCUCUGCAAUUACAACCCUGGAGAACUUGAGGAAGUUGCUUCCCUUCUUGAAGGUUAUAGUGGACAAAGAAGCAAUUAAGACAGUUUUAGAAGCUUAUCUGCCUCAGCUUGCACUUAUUAUUUUCUUGGCUUUGCUGCCAACAUUCCUCAUGUAUCUAUCGAAGGCAGAGGGGGGGAUCCCUUCUGAGAGUCAUGCAGUGCGAGCUGCCUCCGGAAAGUACUUUUAUUUCAUCAUAUUCAAUGUCUUCCUCGGGGUUACAAUUACUGGAACACUGUUUACUUCUCUGAAGAAGAUUAUAGGUCAUCCUGGGGAAAUUGUUAGACUGCUUGGGACAAACCUGCCUGGAAAUGCCACCUUCUUUCUUACAUUUGUUGCUCUGAAAUUUUUUGUUGGAUAUGGGCUUGAGCUUUCCCGGUUGGUUCCUCUGAUUAUUUUCCAUCUGAAAAGGAAGUUUCUAUGCAAGACUGAAGCUGAGGUGAAAGAGGCAUGGGCCCCUGGAGACUUUGGUUAUAAUACUAGAGUUCCCAAUGACAUGCUUAUCAUAACAAUUGUCCUCUGUUAUUCAGUAAUAGCUCCUCUGAUCAUCCCCUUCGGUGUUGUAUAUUUUGCCCUUGGUUGGCUUGUUGCACGAAAUCAGGCACUGAAAGUUUACGUCCCAAAUUAUGAGAGCAAUGGGCGAAUGUGGCCUCACAUGCACUCAAGAAUUCUUGCAGCUCUGAUCAUCUACCAAGUCACCAUGUUUGGCUUCUUUGCGUUGAAGGAAUUCUAUUAUGCUCCAUUUAUGUUGCCCCUAAUCAUAUCUUCCUUCAUUUUUGCUUUUGUAUGCAAACAACGUUUCUACCUUGCCUUCUACCACACUCCAUUGGAGGUUGCAUCCCGAGAUUUAAAGGAAAUCCCAAAUCUCGAAUCCGUAUUUGCAGCCUACAUUCCUCCUUGCUUGGGGCCUGAGAAGCUCGAGGAUGUCGAUCAAUUUGAAGACGCUCAAUCACAAACAUCUAGAACUGCAUCUUUUUAACGUAGAAUGCAUGCUCCUUUAAGUCCCAGUGCAGCGUUUGUUCAUCUUCUUCUUGCUGAUGGUUGUUGAUAUUUACUCCCAGGAUUAUAUAAAGCAGAUCUGUUCGCUUGCUCGAGAGUAGAAAAGUAUAGAUGCUGUUGAUUGGUUGUACAUGUGUGCUUCUUUCCUGAAUCACGUGUUUCAAGUUUGUCGUCGGUUGUUCUUGUAUGAAUCCUGGUGAUUUGUUGUGUCUGUUGAUAGAAGUCUUAUGGUAUUAUAUUCAGCAUACUAACUGUAGUGACUGAGGCUACUAUAUUCAUACUGUGAUGUCAUAUAGUUCCUAGUUAUAUCUUGUGUACUUGAAGUUGUAGGGAAAAAUUAAUUGAUGUAAUUUGUUUUAUGUGAAAAGUUUCUAAUGCAGUAUAUUGUUUUUAGCUA